GAAGUCCAGAAGCAUUCUGUGCACACACUUGUGUUCAGAUCUUUGAAGAGAACCCAUGAUAUGUUUGUAGCUGAUAAUGCCAAGCCUAUCCCAUUAGAUGAAGAAAGUCACAAAGUAAAGAUGGCAGUCAAGCUGCGUACAGAGUACGGCUCUGUGUUACAUAUGCCUACUCUUAAAGAAAACUUGAGAGAGAAAGGAGGUCCAAACACUGGGGAUCCUUACGGACAAAAACAGUAUUCUGGAAAUCAAGGACAAGAACUUGAGUAUUUGAUAACUGGUACACAUCCAUAUCCACCUGGCCCCGGCGUGGCUCUGACGGCAGAUACAAAAGUCCAGAGGAUGCCUAGUGAAUCUGCAGCACAGUCCUUGGCCGUAGCACUUCCUGCUUCUCAGUCUAGGCUGGAUGCAAACCGGACAGCUGCUGGCGUGGGUGAUAUUUACAGGCAUGCUGGAAUAUCUGAGCGUUCACAACCUCCUGGGAUGUCCGUGGCUAUGGUGGAAGCUGGUGGAAACAAAAAUUCUGCGUUAAUGGCAAAGAAGGCUCCAACCAUGCCCAAACCUCAGUGGCAUCCCCCUUGGAAAUUGUACAGAGUCAUCAGUGGCCACCUGGGGUGGGUGAGAUGUAUUGCAGUAGAACCAGGGAAUCAGUGGUUUGUUACUGGCUCUGCCGACCGAACUAUAAAGAUUUGGGACCUUGCCAGCGGCAAAUUGAAAUUGUCUUUGACGGGACACAUCAGUACUGUACGAGGGGUGAUUGUAAGCGCAAGAAGCCCGUACCUCUUUUCUUGUGGAGAGGACAAACAAGUGAAAUGCUGGGAUCUUGAAUACAAUAAGGUUAUCAGACAUUACCACGGUCAUUUAAGUGCUGUCUAUGGUUUAGACUUGCAUCCAACAAUAGAUGUACUGGUAACGUGUAGCAGAGAUUCAACAGCACGAAUUUGGGAUGUGAGGACAAAAGCCAGCGUGCACACACUAUCAGGACAUACAAAUGCGGUAGCGACAGUGAAGUGCCAAGCUGCAGAACCACAAAUUAUUACAGGCAGUCAUGAUACUACCAUACGGCUCUGGGAUUUGGUGGCAGGAAAAACUCGUGUUACUUUAACAAAUCACAAGAAAUCUGUAAGAGCAGUAGUGCUACAUCCAAGACAUUACACAUUUGCAUCUGGUUCUCCAGAUAAUAUUAAACAGUGGAAAUUCCCAGACGGAAACUUCAUUCAGAACCUCUCCGGUCACAAUGCCAUUAUCAACACGUUGGCUGUAAAUUCUGAUGGUGUUCUGGUCUCCGGAGCUGAUAAUGGUACUAUGCACCUUUGGGACUGGAGAACCGGAUACAAUUUCCAGAGGGUACACGCAGCUGUGCAGCCCGGCUCUUUGGACAGUGAAUCGGGAAUAUUUGCUUGUGUUUUUGACCAGUCAGAAAGCAGAUUGCUAACAGCUGAAGCUGAUAAAACCAUAAAAGUAUACAAAGAAGACGAUACUGCGACUGAAGAAACUCAUCCUGUCAGCUGGAAACCAGAAAUUAUCAAGAGAAAGCGAUUUUAGUGCAGCACCGUACUUAGGCUGUAACACUGUUUUGGCUUUCCUGAGAGUAUUCAGUUACAUUUUGUUCUGCCUAGAACAGCAGAGCAGGAAGUCAGCUAAGUCAUUGCUAUUUCAACAUGUUUUAUAAUAAAUUUUAUUUCUUUUCUUUUUGUCUCUUUUUUUUUUUUUUGGUGUGAUCCCAGCAAACCAGUUGCAGCUGUUAACUUUCUCUUUGUGGAGCAUGUAUAGGUCAUGAAAAGUAUAGAUGUGCAGGUGGUUACUUUUUUACAUGGAUCUGUUGAGUGUAAGUCUAAAAAUACUUGGUGCCAGGUCCUCUGAAAGACCCUUGCUUGACUC